AUGGAAACUUGGUACCAGUCCCUUAUUUCCAGUCCUCCGUUUCAGGCACUUCCAUCUUGCGCUUGCGCAUCGUCAGCAUCAAAGUGCCUCACUUGUGACACUUGGAAAACGAAACUGAAACACCACCACACAUCCGGGCGACCAAAGAUUUGCUGGGACAACAGUGACCGAACACAGUGGGGAUCUCCGACUGGGGCAUGGGAGAUAGCUAAAGUCUUUAUGCCAACUCUUGGAGGUCGUGAAAAAGAUGUUAGCGACGCCGAAACUACGGACAUUGGUGGUCUUUUGAACCUGCUUGAAUGGUGUCCUUUUAUUAAUCCUCCUGCGAGUCGAACAGUUUUGAAGUCGGCAAGAGAUGAGUGUAGGAAUCACUGGGCGCACGCUCCAAAGCAAGAACUCGAGGAUAGUGAUGUCCUGACCAUAUUUGAUCAUCUAGAAAGUCUGCUAAAUGACCCAGUGUUUUUCACUGACAAAGCUGCUCAGGAGGCAUUAGGAGACCUUAAUGAGUUGCAAAAACAUGGUUUAGUAAACGUCACAGAAUCUGAGAUCGCGGUUCUUCGUUUGCUGCGCCUGACGCUUCAAGAAGAUUUGGUACAAUGCCGAGAUAGAUUAUCCACCCUUGAGGAGGAAAUUGCACUAGUUAAAAAGCAAGAGGGCCAGAACACAGAGAACAUAAACAAGUUGCUCCAGGAAGUAGAUGAAUUAAAAGGCUUAGUACAAGCAGUGGAUUAUUUUAACAAACAAAAAAAUGAGAGAGAGGACAUUAGAGAAGCGUUUGAGGCUAUCUAUGACCAAGAUAUCAAACCUAAAUUUCGUGCAAUAGAGGUGGAAUUAGCAAACUUUAGAGCCAAAUUACAGGAAGUGGAGAACAGAGUUGAUAUUUUGGAAGAAAAAUUUGAAAAGGGCUGCUCCUCACAAAAAGAGAAUGAUUACCAGAAAAAAUAUGUUUGCACUGCACCACGUCAGGUAAAAUCAUUCUUUGGUCGAGAAUCGGCUCUAAAAUGGUUAGAAGACAAUCUUGUCGAAGAGAGAGUUGAAAACAAUCGCGGAACUCCCUGUAGCACUAAAGCAAUAUGCGGCCUUGGAGGCUGUGGCAAGACUUCUGUUGCUAUAGAAUUUGCUUGGAAAUACUGGAAACGCUUCCCAGGUGGCGUGUUUUGGAUCAAUGGAGAAAGUGAUGAAGCUAUUAAGACAACGGUGACAGAGAUACUAGCUUAUGCGAACGAUUUUUCCUCGAGAAACGAGGACCUUGAUUACUAUUUGAACAAAUUCCUAGCAAGGCUUUCAAAGAAGGAACUUCCAUGGCUUCUCAUAGUGGACAAUGCAGAUGAAUUACGGGAUUCAAGUUGCCCCUCAGGAAUCAAGAAGAUUUUCAAAGGAAGUUGGCAAACAGCUGCCCCUACUGCAUCAGAGUAUGGCCACAUACUUCUAACAACAAGGCAAAAUGCAAAAGACACAAGAAUGUUCUCAAAGCUCUCAAGAGGUGAUUGCUUUGAGUUGCCUUGUUUCAGUGAAGAAGAGGGGGCAAGAUUUCUUAUGAGAAGAACCAAUCUUCAAGGAGAUAGCGAUCGUAGUGAAGCCAUUUCCUUAGCGAAGGAAUUGGGAGGACUACCACUAGCCCUCGAGCAAGCAGCAGCCUACAUAUGUGCCAGCCAUAUGGAAUUCAGCUUUAAAGAUUACCUAGAUCACUACCAAGAAGUUAAGGUGGAUUUCCUGAAGAAGAAUCGUGUUACAUCACCAGGUGCUGUGGAGGCAGAGCAUCGGUUGUCGGUUCACUCAACUUGGAAUUUAAACUUUAAGUGUGUAAAAGAAAAAUCAGCUGCUGCUGCCCUUUUGAUGCAAAUUGUUUCCUUUGUCGAUGUAAAGGAAAUACCUUUCUGUUUUAUAAACCCUGGUUUGCCUGAAAUAGUUCAAGAGGAUUUAGGUCAAUGUGCCAGUUCUAAGGCUGGUGUUGAUAGCCUCUUGAAGGAUCUGUCAAGUUACUCCCUGGUGUCCGUUGAUGAUAAGAACAAGAGCUUUAGUGUCCAUCCUCUUGUAAAAGAAGUCAUCAAGGACAGUCUUACUGAAUCGGAGCGUUCUGUGGCACUGGAUCUAGCUUUGCAGCUUUUAGAUUUUGCAAUCUCGGACCUUUCUGGAAAGGUAACUAUGGGUGUUAUGUUACUAGUUUAGUCCAUUCGAUUGACCUGCCUUAUUGAAGAAUAUGAUCUAACAGCAAAACAAAACUUGUUUAAGAUAAACUAUUGCAGUAUUUAAAAUUUGUCGCAUUGCAGUGACGGAAAAUGUUGGAGUGGCGAAAAAUGUUUGGCUAAAAAAUUUCUUGUAAAUUUAAGUGUUUUUGUCAAUCGUUUUCUGGAAUGUGACUUAUUGAAUGCCCCGCCGAACAUAACCUCUAAUGAAGUCAUUAAAUGGUGUACUAAUCUCUGCAUGCUGCUUUUGAGAUUACUGCUUUUGGCUGUUAUGAAACUGGAUGUGAUCCUCAUUUAUGUGAUGAACUGCUGAUUAAGAUAUAGAUGUCGAAACAAUCCAAAUGGAGAGCGUGGCCAACACCCUAUCCAAUCGACGGUUUCCGUCACCACAAAGGUCAGGGUUUGAUUCCCGCUCAGAUCUGAAUUUUUUUCAGGUUCUUUUUCAACCACUUAUUGAGAUUGUUCAUUUGACCGCGAGGAUCACGUUUCUCAGUUCAUAUCACCAUCCAAAAUCAGGCACAUGACUUUAGUUCAUACACUCUAAGUCACUGUUUUUCCUCUUGGUGUUUGCAACCAAUUAAUGAGUCUUACUUAUAUCGUUUUAAAUCUUUUAUUGCAGAAUGAACUGAAACCCAUGAAAAUGCAAAGUGAUACGGGCCAAUUCCAACAGCACCAUCCUUUACUACUUUUACUACAGAUGCAACUGAUGGAAGUCCAGAUUGAGGCGAGACAAGCCCUGAGUAUGGCGAGGGAACUCGAGAAUGACACGAGAGAACUCAAA